AUAUAAACCUCUCUCCGAAAACCCAGCAUCUCUGAUUUCUUAUUAUUCCCCCAUUAGAAAAUAAUUCCUAUUUCUUGUUUUAAUUGCAAUGGGGAUUUUCCCACCGUGUCAUUCAUCAGAGAUGAUGGAGAAAUUGCUGGGUUCGGUGUGCGGGAAAAUUAAGGAUGAACCAAUUGUUGAGCUGAAGAAGGUAAAGGGCACAGUUGUAUUGAUGAAGAAGAAUGUAAUGGACGUGACUGAUUUUGGGUCGUCGAUUCUUGAUCGGUUUCACGAGCUUUUCGGUAAAGGCGUCUCUUUGCAGCUUGUUAGCUCCGUUAAUGGCGACUCUGCAAAUGAGAACAAAGGCAAACUAGGCAAAGAAGCAUUCUUAGAAAACUGGAUCUCGAAAAUCACCUCACUCAACGCGAAAGACGAAGCCUCGUUCGACGUCGUUUUCAACUGGGACGAAUCGCAUGGAAUCCCAGGUGCAUUCAUCAUCAAGAACCACCACCACAGCCAAUUCUACCUCAAGUCACUAACACUCGAAGACUUCCCUUCUCACGAAGGCCCGAUCCACUUCGACUGCAAUUCUUGGGUUUACCCCACUCACCGCUACAAAUACGAUCGCGUCUUCUUCACUAACAAGACGUACCUUUUUGAUGAUACACCGCAGCCGCUUCGGUUUUACCGAAACCAAGAACUGAAAAAUCUUCGAGGAGAAGAGAUUAGUAGUGGCGGCAUGUUGAAGGAGUGGGAUCGAGUGUACGACUACGCGUAUUAUAACGAUUUGGGAAGUCCCGAAAAGGGGAAAGAUUACGCCCGCCCGUCUCUCGGUGGCAAUUCGGAUUAUCCGUAUCCGCGUAGAGCGAAAACGGGUCGUAAACCGAACAAAAAAGAUCCCAAUUCGGAAACAAGAUUAUUCCUCUUGAGUUUGAGUAUUUACGUCCCGCGCGACGAAAAAUUCAAUCAAGUGAAAUUUUCCGAUUUCAUCGGAUACGCAAUCAAAUCCAUCGGUCAGGUAUUCGUACCCGAGAUCAAAGCUGUGUUCGACAAAACAAUCAACGAAUUCGACACUUUUCAAGACGUGCUGAAUCUAUACGAAGGUGGUGUGAGGCUUCCGGAAGGUCAAACCCUGGACAAAAUCCGGGCCCACGUACCGUGGGAGCUUCUCAAGGAACUCAUCCGAUCCGACGGCGAACGGUUUCUCAAAUUCCCCACCCCUGAUGUCAUCAAAGAGGAUAAAACAGCUUGGAGAACCGAUGAAGAGUUCGGUAGAGAAAUGCUAGCCGGAGUUAACCCCGUUAUUAUUCGUCGUCUCCAGGAGUUUCCACCAAUCAGCAAAUUGGAUCCUCAACAAUAUGGAGAUCAAGAUAGUACCAUUAGACGAGAACACCUUGAGAAAAAUAUGAACGGGCUUUCUGUCGAUGAAGCUAUGGAAAAGAAUAAGCUGUUCAUAUUGGACCACCACGAUGCUCUAAUGACGUACCUUAGGCGAAUAAAUACGACAACAACAAAGACUUACGCGAGCCGGACGAUACUUCUUCUCCAAGAAAACGGGACUUUAAAGCCACUUGCAAUCGAACUGAGUUUGCCACACGAAGAAGGAGACGAGAGAGGAGCGGUCAGCAAAGUAUUCACUCCUUGCGAUGAUGGAGUCGAGAAUUCGAUUUGGCAGCUGGCGAAAGCUUACGUGGCGGUCAACGAUUCGGGCUACCAUCAGCUCAUUAGCCACUGGUUGAACACGCAUGCGGUUAUAGAGCCGUUUAUAAUUGCUACAAAUCGACAGCUCAGCAUUGUUCAUCCGAUACAUAAGCUUUUAAAACCUCAUUUUCGAGAUACGAUACAUAUAAACGCCUUGGCUCGACAAAUACUCAUCAAUGCAGGGGGAGUACUGGAGAGAACCGUAUUUCCAGGAAAAUACGCAAUGGAAAUGUCGUCCGCCGUUUAUAAGAACUGGAACUUCACCGAGCAGGCCCUUCCGGAAGAUCUGAUCAAACGAGGAAUAGCAAUUCCGGACUCGAGCGAGCCACACGGGCUAAAACUCGUGAUCGAGGAUUAUCCGUUCGCAGUAGAUGGAUUGGAGAUCUGGUACGCAAUCGAAUCUUGGGUGAAAGAAUAUUGCUGUUUCUACUACCCUACAGAUGAUGUCGUCAAAGGAGACACCGAGCUUAAAGAAUGGUGGAAAGAGGUAAGAGAAGAAGGGCACGGUGACUUAAAAGAGAAGCCAUGGUGGCCGAAAAUGGAGACGCAGAGCGAACUUAUUCAGACAUGUACGAUAAUAAUAUGGGUCGCUUCUGCCCUUCACGCAGCAGUAAAUUUCGGGCAGUACCCUUACGCGGGGUACCUUCCGAACCGGCCUACCGUGAGCCGAAGAUAUAUGCCUGAAGUGGGAUCCGCAGAGUAUGCUGAGCUGGAGAAGGACCCCGAUUUGGCGUUCUUGAAAACCAUAACCGCGCAGUUUCAGACGCUUUUGGGUGUUUCUUUGAUCGAGAUACUUUCGAGGCAUUCGACCGAUGAGGUUUAUCUAGGGCAGAGGGAUACGGUGGGCUGGACCACGGACGAUCGGCCCUUGGCGGCGUUUGAGCGGUUUAGUGCGGCUUUGGUGGAGAUUGAGACGAGGAUUACGGAGCGGAACGAUGACGUGGCGCUGAGGAAUCGGGUGGGCCCCGUUAAGGUGCCGUACACGUUGUUGUAUCCGAGUACUUCGGAUACGAGUAGGGUUGGAGGGCUUACCGGGAAGGGGAUUCCGAAUAGCGUCUCGAUUUGAAGUUAUUUGUGUAUAGUGUAAUAUGGUUAGAGAAUAAGUGUCGAAAGUUUUUUUCGUGUUGUUGUGAGUUUGUUUGUUUGUUUGUUCUUCAUUGGUUAUAUUACAUAAUAAAAGAAGUAUUCUUUGUUCACAUUGUUUGUAAGCAUUUGUAAAGUAUUUGUAAAAGAAUUGAGCCGAAUCGAAAGCAGUUUGUUUGAAUUUUUAUCGAGUUGUAAUAAAUUGUGUUUGAACUUGGUUUGAUAAGCAGCUGAGUCGAGCUUGAA